AUGGGAAAUUGCACCUCGUGUUUCUAUUUGGAGCCCAAGCCCAAGCCCAAGACGGCGAAGCUCAUCCACGUUCACGGAAACCUACGCCAUUUUAAGGUUCCAAUAACUGCCGCCGAGUUGAUGCUCGAAGAACCAGGCCACGUCAUUUGUCCGGUGGAGAAUCUCCGGAGAACUCGUCGGUUUGAGGCCAUGAAAGCCGACGAAGAUCUUUUAGCUGGAAAGCUCUAUAUGUUGGUCUCCACAAAUAGGGUUCACCGUUUGCUGUCGGAAUCGGAAAUGAAGCUCGUGGAGUCUGUUUGUGAGAAAAGAAGGGCGAAACGACGUGGUUCAAAGAUUUUGCCGGAUGUGACUCCUCAGGAAGUCGAUGAGACGUGUGAAGAAUCUGGCGAUCCGAUUCGGUUUAUGGGAGGGGAUGACACCGGUUUACCUUGUUACCGGCUGAGACAGUGGAGACCCGCUCUUGAUCCUAUUGUGGAAGGAGUUUGA